AUGGCGGCGGCGGCGACUUCUGGCGCAGGAGGCGGCGGCGGCGGCCCGGCCGGGCGAAACUUCUCCUUCAAGGUGGUCCUGCUCGGCGAGGGCUGCGUGGGCAAGACGUCGCUGGUCCUCCGCUACUGCGAGAACAAGUUCAAUGACAAGCACAUCACCACCCUGCAGGCAUCUUUUCUAACAAAGAAACUAAAUAUUGGAGGAAAGAGAGUCAACCUUGCAAUAUGGGAUACAGCAGGUCAAGAAAGGUUUCAUGCACUUGGUCCCAUUUACUACAGAGACUCUAAUGGAGCUAUUUUAGUAUAUGAUAUAACAGAUGAAGACUCCUUUCAGAAGGUAAAAAACUGGGUCAAGGAAUUAAGAAAAAUGUUGGGAAAUGAAAUUUGUCUAUGCAUAGUUGGUAACAAAAUAGAUUUGGACAAAGAAAGACAUGUCUCUAUUCAAGAAGCAGAAACGUAUGCAGAAUCAGUGGGAGCAAAACACUAUCACACGUCAGCCAAACAGAACAAAGGAAUAGAAGAACUCUUUCUUGACCUCUGUAAAAGAAUGAUAGAAACCGCACAGGUUGAUGAGAGAGCACGAGGCAAUGGAUCCAGUCAGUCAGGACCUACAAGGCGGGGAGUACAGAUCAUUGAUGACGAGCCACCAGUUCAGAGCAGUGGCAGUUGCUGCUCAUCUGGAUAAUUGUAUAAGACUGUGCAUCAUGCCCCCUAGUGAAUCAGAAUUAACAGUAUUUAAAAUCAUUUGUAACAAUUCAAAAAAGAAAAACAUUAAGUGCUAAGCUAGUGGAAUAUGUGACCAGAGAAUUGGCAUUUUCUACAGUGGUUAACAAAACAAACCAAUGGCCUUUUUACAUGUUUCUUUAAUAAUGAAUAAUACUGCAUGUGGGAAAGACUUAAGGCUUCAUUUAUAUUUUAAAUGAGAUCAUUAUUUAAUAACUUAUGUACACUAUUGGAAUGAGACAUCUUUUGCAGCCCUUUGUAUUUUGUGGUAGAUUGAAUUGUAUCAUUUCAAAAUUGCAAAUUCUUUUUAAUUAGCAGAUACCCAAGUACUAUUUUUGCAGGGUUGGCAUCAACCUAUAACUGUCUACUUUGAUAUACUCAUCCUGUACUCCAUGCUGGUAAAAUAAAUUGUAAAUUACAUAUUAAAUAUUUUAUCUGCUUUUACAAGUGCAGGUGCAGAAAUAUGUACAUUAGUCUUGUUGGUGAUUGUGAAGUGAAUAACAGUUGGUGAAAAGAUACA